CCUCCCUCCAUCCUUCUUCUCUUCCUCCCUCCCUCCAUCCAUCCCUCUUCUCUUCCUUCGUCUCUCUGCCUUUAGACUUUUCUUUGAUUAUUUCUCUUUCUUUCUCUUCUUCAAUAUGGCAUCUUGUCAACUCAGGUUUUGACCAAUUAUGUCAGGAAGCUGCAAUUAUUACAAGGGAACUUGAACUCAAAGCUGCCAGUGCUGCACUUGAAGCAGCUACCAAGGAGGCUGAAGAAAUUCUACAAACCUUCAACCCUCCACCACUGAAAAAGAAGACCAAACAAGCCUGUAGCACUCGUCUCAGACCAGUCUCGUUUGUAGAGAGGGAUGAGUUUGGGCAUCUUGUGCCAAAACGGAGAAGGCCAAAACUUACCAAGGCAAACAUUUCCAAAGCUACAACGAUUAACAGUCCAGCUAUGUCAUCAUCUUUGGAGUCUGGGCAAGUAGACACUGAUCAUGGUGAAAUUCCGUCACAGCCUUCUCACACUGUUUGGCCAGCAGUUGAAGAUAUAGAAACUCUUCAUCAAGAGGUAGAGGAUCUGUUGGCUGAUACUGGAGACAUUCAGUGCUCAAAUCCGACUUCCUCAAACACAUGGUCAGUUCGCAUGGCCCAGGCUAAAGAGAAGUGGGCAGCUUUGAGGCCAGAGAUGGUGGAAUCUUUAUUAACAGCUGAGUACACAGAGAUCAGACCGUGCCAGCACUGCCAACUGAAGCGAUCUGUUAUCCGCUGUAAAGACUGUGUUCCUAAACAGCUAUACUGUGCAGACUGCGAUAUUUUGGCCCAUGAAAGGAAACUGCACAACCGAGAGACAGAUGUUGAAGGAUUCUUUCAGGCCAUAUCCCCGUCUACUUUGGUGAAGGUGGAUAUUGACGGCCAAUUCCAUUUUGAGGAAAAAGAUUGCCUUUUGCCUCUAGAGACACCUGAUCAAAUUUGCAGCUGUGCCACUGAUACCAUUGUGGUGUCAGGAGGUAAAAAGGCUAUUCUCAUUGGAAUUGAUGGUCGCUACAAUGUCAGCUUGCCAACCUUCACAUGCUCGACAUGCCAUAUGAGCAGAACGACCAGCAUCCCACAACUGAUCAAGUCUGGUUACUGGCCUGCCACAGCAAGCUGUGAAACGCUGUACAAAAUUGAUGUGUUUGUGUCAUAUGACCACAUGAAAUUGACUGCUCCUGGACUUUCUAGACAGUCCUUCAUCAGUUUAUUGGAACAGCGGACGGAGUUCUUUGGCCGAGAUGGAAAGAUCUGCACAGAUGCUUUUCAAAGAAGUUUUUUCGAAUGGAGAUCCUGCCAGUUUGAAAUUGAUCAGCUCUGUGGACUGAAAGUGUUUGACUGUCCAGCCUGUUCUCCAUUUAUGCUUGCUGUGUCAGUCGAUGGUAACAGGAAAUUGUAUCGCUUCAAAAGAGGGGCUGAAGAUCAUGGUCUGUUCAAGGGUGUCUUUGUCUGUGAGGAUGAAGAUGUUUCCAAGUUCGUGGACUACAUUAGUAAGAAGACAAAGCACGUAGGUUUUAUUGUUUUGUCAGUGCUUUCAAAAAUUUUAUUUCCUGAACAAAAAAUAGCAAUGGACAUAUUCAUGUAAACACAAUAGCAAAAUUAAGUCCAAUGCAUUGAAUUGUCAUAUCUUUCUAUCUCGCAUGGCUUGCAGGAAUGCAAAAAUUCAACGUGUGGUCAUGUGAAAUGUCUGU